AUCUGUUAUAAACCACUUUAACGAAAUUGGAAGUUCAUUCGUUGGUAAACAGAUAUGUAAAAGAAGAAAAGUUAUUUCAUUGAUCAGAAAGAUCCAUUAAAAAUGACAAGGUAAAUGAAACCGUUUACAUAGCUAUUGAUAAACAAAAAAAGCCUGCUACCUAAAAUUAGUUAUAAGAACUAUACGUACUCAUUUUUCACCUGGGAAAAGGAACGUCCCUUUUCUUUUCUUGUUACCAUAAUGAUAGUAACUAACCAUGAUUUAUUGUAACACCUUUUUGCUUUGAUUUUUGUUUAUGUUAUGGUUUCAGUUACGUUUCUUUUUUAAGCACUUCCUUUUUUCUUUGUAGCUGUCGGUUUUUACUCCUACUGAUGGCUAUUCUAAUCCCAAGUCGAUUUUUAUCUAUGAUCGGUAAGUCAUCAGUUUGCAACGUCUGAUAUAGAAAAGCAAGAUUGGAAAGUGCUCGUUGCGGAAAUCAAAUGAGCCGAAAAAUAGCUUUUGAAAAUGGUAUAUAUACCGGUGAAUGCUGCACAUUGAAAUUUGUGUUCAUUAACAUUGUUCGAUCUCUAGACGCUUGCUAUAAGGUAAAGGAAAAUUAGAUUCUCUGUUUCUAGAAAUCUUUUGUUCAAGUAUUAUUCUUUUUCUUUUCUUUUUUUUCUUUUUUGAAAUUCAAAAUUUCUAGAGCACCUGUUCUCUAGUCAUUUCUUGCUUUAUUUUUUAAGGACUUUGUAUUAUUCCUUUUCUUUUUGAUCAAUAAUAAUAUGACUGUUACUUCCGUCGCUAAUAAUGGCUCUGCCUAUUUCCCUAAUGAGCCCAAGGGUCCCUCUGUUAAAACCAGUACUAUUCCUGGCCCUAAGGGUAAAGCUGCCAUCGAAGAAAUCAGCCAGGUUCACGACAUCGGUGCAGUUAAAUUCCCUGUUGACUAUGAAAAAUCAGUUGGUAACUACCUCGUAGACGCUGACGGAAAUGUUCUUUUGGACGUUUAUUCUCAAAUUGCUACUAUACCCGUUGGUUACAACAACCCAACUCUCCUUGAAGCUGCCAAGUCUGAUGAAGCCGCCAUUGCUAUGAUGAACCGUCCUGCUCUUGGAAAUUAUCCCCCCAAAAACUGGGCUACUAUGGCACAAGAAGGUGCCAUUGACUUUGCUCCCAAAGGUCAAAAGUAUGUCUACUACCAAAUGAGUGGAAGUGAUGCCAAUGAAGUAGCUUACAAGUUGGCCAUGCUUUACCGCUUCAAUAAUUUACCCAGAGUUAACGGUGACUUCACUGAAGAAGAAAAAACAACUUGCAUGAAUAACUCGUCUCCAGGUAGCCCCGAAGUCGCUGUUCUUUCUUUCCGUCACGGUUUCCAUGGCCGCCUUUUUGGUUCCCUCUCGACAACUCGUUCCAAGCCCGUCCAUAAGAUUGGUAUGCCCGCUUUCCAUUGGCCUCAAGCUCAUUUCCCUGCAUUGAAAUAUCCUCUCGAAAAAUACACAACUGAAAACCAAGCCGAAGAAGACCGUUGCAUCGAAGAAGUUGAACAUAUUUUAAACACUCAUCACUGUCCCAUCGCCGCUUGUAUUGUUGAGCCUAUUCAAUCCGAAGGUGGUGAUAACCAUGCUUCUAAUGAAUUUUUCCAUAAGCUUCAAGCAACUUUGAAGAAGCACAACGUUCUCUUCAUUGUCGACGAAGUACAAACCGGUAUGGGCUCUACUGGUGCUAUGUGGGCUCAUGAACACUGGAACUUGCCUACUCCUCCUGACAUGGUUACUUUUUCUAAGAAGUUCCAGGCCGCUGGUGUUUACUACCAUGACAAAAAUCUUCGUCCUCAUGCUUAUCAACACUUUAAUACAUGGAUGGGUGAUCCUCUCCGUGCUAUCCAGGCGAAGUACAUUGCCAAAGAAAUUCGUGAAAAGGAUCUUCUUCAAAAUGUCAAGACUGUCGGUGAUUUUGUAUAUACCUCUCUUGAAAAGUUGGCCGAAAAGCACCCUGGAAAGAUUAACAACAUUCGUGGUAAAGGUAAAGGUACUUUUAUUGCCUGGGACUGUGAAUCCUCUGCUGCCCGUGAUGCAUUCGUUGGACGUAUGAAGAUGAAUGGUAUUAACAUUGGCGGCUGCGGUGUUGCAGCAAUCCGUCUUCGUCCUAUGCUUGUUUUCCAACAACAUCACGCUGAGAUUCUUCUGAGCAAAAUUGAUGAACUAAUCUAAAGGGCUCUUCUAAUUCCCAAUCUACCUAAUGUACACAUACAUAUUGGAAGGAUAAUGUUUGUAUUCUAAAAUAUUUUCUGCAAUCCUUUCCUAAACUAAAACUAACGCAUACCCGAAUGGUUUCUUUUCUUUCUUUUAUAUUAUUAUCUGUUCAUAGUUACUAUUCAUCAUUGAUUUAAAUGAAUUAUUUAAUCUUUCAUGCUUGCCCAAG